CUGCGUCCCGGAGCCCCGGCGCCAGCCCGACGCGGACAGCCAUGGCCUGCAGCCUCCCGCCGCCGUCCCCGCUCCUCGUGCGGGUGUCCGAGCCCGGCCCCCGGCUGCACAGGAAGCUGGAAAGCUACUUCCAGAGCCCUCGGCUCUCGGGCGGCGGAGAGUGCACCGUCCGGCCCCUCGGCCUCGGCGCCCCGAACACCUUCCGGGUGGAAUUUAGAGAAAGAGCAGCUAAGGAGGGAGUGUUGAAAAAAGAAGAGCAUCAAAUUUUUGUUGACGAAAAACCCGUGACCAUUUUUUUGCUGGAACCCACUGAAAAUCCAAUAGAGAAGAAAACGAGACCCAGAAUUUCUUCAUUGACACAGUCACAAACAGGGGCACAGUCUGAUGAGAAGCAUCCAAAUGAAGGACAUGUUCCUGACGAUGUGGAUUCCUGUGUCCAAAAGAUCUUUCUUACUGUAACAGCUGACCUGAACUGUAACCUGUUCUCCAAAGAGCAGAGGGCACACAUAACUACUCUGUGCCCCAACGUCAAAAAAAUGGAGGGUCACAAUGGGAUUGAGAUGGUGUGUGGUGACUUCAAAGAUAUUGAAAAAAUACAUUGCUUCUUGAGUGAGCAGCUCCUGGAAAAUGAGCAGAGGCGUGAAUCUUCUCCUCCAACAACAGAGAGGAAGCCACUCAGUCUGCAGGACCAGAUCGGCUACAUUUCUCCUUCCAAACCAAAAACCAGGCCAGAAGAGGAAAACAACCAUUUUGAAGUCCCCUUGCCUUUCUUUGAAUACUUCAGCCAUACCUGUCCUGAUAAAAUAGACUCAAUAGAGAAAAGAUUUGAUAUAAAUAUCAAAAUCCAAAAGAGUUCUCCACAUACAGUCAGUUUAGACUUCAUCGCGAGUCAAUCAGGUGACGUAGAAACAGCUGGUGAGUAUUUUGUCAGUGAAUUUCAGAAGAACACAGAACCUCUGAAGCAAGAAUGUGUCCUUUUACGAGACAGUAAGCAGACAAAUAAAAUCAAAGAGGAAUUGAAUCGCCAAUUUACAAAGCUCCUUAUAAAGGAGAAAGGAAGAGAAUUGAUUCUUCUUGGGACCCAAGAUGACAUUUCAGCUGCCAAGCAAAAAAUCUCUGAAAGUCUUGUCAAGGCACCUGUGAAAAUAUUGGCUUCUAGUCACAUGAAUGGAAUUGAUAUUGACACUGCUUGCUAUAAGCUUUUAGAAGCUGAAUUACUCCAGGAAGCAUCAGAGAUAGACAAAAAGUACGACACUCGCAGUAAGGUUUUGGAGAAAAAUCAGAAAACCCACAUUCUGUUCGAACCUAAGGACAAGAAUGUAGAUCUGUCUGUGCAUGCUUGUGCGUGUUUCAUUGAUGCCUUUCAGCAUUUCUCAUGUCAGCUGACGAGAGAAGUUCUUUUACUGAAAACUUUGCGCAAGGAGAGAAAGCACUUACAUGGGACCAAGUUUGCCGAUGACUUUAGAAAAAAACAUCCAUAUAUACACUUUGUAGUAAAUAAAGAGUCAGUGACUUUGACUGGUUUGCCAAAUCACCUUGCAGAGGCAAAACAGUAUAUCUUAAAAAGAGGGGAACUGUCUCUGCUGGCUGGAGAGAAAUUGAAUGAGGAUCCUGAAAUACCUGUGGACAUUGAUGGUAAUGAUUCAAAAGUGGCUUCCCCUCCAUUCAAGGGCUCUGCCAGUUUUGAGAACUCAGAAGUGGACAAGAAGAAAGAGGUCAUCUGUGUCAUCUGUAUGGACACCAUUAGUAAUAAACAAGUUUUACCAAAAUGCAAGCACGAAUUCUGUAGCCCUUGUAUCAAAGUCGCCAUGUCGUACAAGCCAAUCUGUCCUGUCUGUCAGACUUCCUACGGUGCCCAAAAAGGGAAUCAGCCAGAUGGAACCAUGAAUUAUAGUUUUUUAUCACUUCCAGGUUAUGAAACCUGUGGCUCCAUUGUGAUUACAUAUUUUAUGAAAGGAGGCAUACAAACGGAAGAGCACCCAAACCCAGGAAAGAGUUAUUCUGGAACUCAUCGAACUGCAUACUUGCCUGAUAAUGACGAAGGAAGGGAGAUUUUGAGACUUCUUUGUAAGGCCUUUAAGCAAAGGCUGAUUUUCACAGUGGGGGAAUCUCGAGUAUUAGGAAUCUCAGAUGUCAUUACGUGGAAUGAUAUCCACCACAAAACAUCCCAAUAUGGAGGACCAGAAAAAUAUGGCUACCCUGAUCCUGAUUACCUGAAACGUGUCAAAGAGGAGCUGAAAGCUAAAGGAAUUGAGUAAGAAAACUGCUGGAAGGCUAUCUCAACCCAAGCUUUCAAAAGAUGUAUUUUAGGAGGCUGAGUUAAUGCCAAUCCUUAUGUAGAAACACCUUUUAAAUUUUUUCAUCUCAAGAAGUGGUUUGUAUACAAGUAAGAAUUGGCUGGCCUCAUUUCUGGAGUAAUACUUUUUUAUGGAAGACAAAAACCCCAAAGAUCUGUGUGCAGAGUUGUGCAAGAGGUGCAAGAUUUUGCUGCAGAGGUGUCAUGUCUCAUUCUUGUGUCAUCGUUGGAGUUAGGGGUGGGUCUGAAGUCAUCUGUGUUUUUCAGUUGGACCACCAGUUGCCAAUUGAUCUUUUCAGUGCCAUCUCUGGGGUGGUCCUUUAGUUUUUUGUUUGUUUAUUUGUCCCUUUAAUUCCUACCUGUGAAAGUGAAAUCCUAGCGUAAAUAUAUAUUUUUUAAAAGGUUUGGAUAUGGAAAAUUAGGGACGCAUAUUCCCCCUCCCUUUCCCAUGGCAAGAAAGUGGCCAGGAGCAGAGACUGGGCAAUUUUUGGUAAUAAAUGGAAUAAGGCUAUUAUUUCUAAUGACAACUGGUAUACAGUUGAUGCGUAAUAGAUUUUUGUUGCCUGACUCAGGGAUAUAUGCUGCCUAAAUCUUUGGCAGAGGCAGGAUAUGGAAGCCAUUUCUGGAAUCCUCACCACUGAUUUACAAAACUCAGUUUCCAACUCCAGAACACUUGGUGUCUGAACUCUGACCAGGCCCGUAACCUGAGCCUUGCUGCCCCCCUGCUCCAGGUUACAACCUUUCCCAUGAGGUAUACUUGCCCUGCUACAUGUUUCUGAACAUUUUUUCCCCUGGAUAUUAUUGUACUUUUGAAUAUACCCCACUUCCAGUUUUAACAGAUAAGUUACUUUACUUUCCAUCUAUCAUUUUAUGGUAACUGUUGUUUCCACUAUGGAAGUUUUUCAUUCCUUUAUUAAGUCCCACCAAUUCAUGUUUUCUCCCUUAAACUCUUUCUCCCUGAUACUCUCUCUGGACAGAAAUAAGGAAAGAGUUGAACCUACUGUAAGGAAUAUAUGACAUGUCAAAUUUUUCUUUUAUUUUGGUGGCUGGCCCUUACAAGGAUCCUAACCCUCAACCUGGGUGUUAUAAGACCACACUCUGACCAACUGAGCUAACCAGCCAGUUCCAAAUUUUACUUUGAAAUGGUUCUUCAAGUCAGAAGAAUGCUAUAAUAACAAAUUAUCUGGUUAUCCAUGUCCCAUCCUCUCCAAAAACGGUGAAUGAUAUAUCUUCUUCUUUUCCUAAAGAGAUAUAUACAUUCACAUAUAAAUUUUUUUUUUUGGUCAGAUGAUAAUAGCUAAAAUUUAAUGAGUACUUAUUUUGCCCCCUUUGUAGAAGCUUUACAUCUAUGUGAUUGAUACAAUUAGUAUCCCCAUUUUAUAAAUGAGAAAACUGAUGUACAGAGAGGAUAAGUAAGUUGCCAAAGGUCACCACAUUGGUAAGUAGAAGUGCUGGGAUUUAAACCUGGUAGUUGGGAUCUAGGGCUUCUGCACCCCCAAGUCAUACUGUCUCCUACAGGGGCACUUCUCCAUGGAGCAGGCUAAGGAGUUCCCUUUAUUCUAGGCUUCUCUCAGAAAUAGAUUCCUGCACAGUGCACAAAGCAAAUUUCAUUUCAGGAAGUCCUAUUUGAAGAACUUAAAAACCCAGAAUCUUUUCCUUUGUCUAGAGAGCUGAGGAAGCUUAAGCAACAUGAUAUGUCUCUUUCUUUAAAAACUCAGAUUAUACAUUUAGUUUUUAGUGAUUCAUUAAAUUCUCUAUAAUAUGAUUAAUUGAUUGUCUUCUAUCUAAUAAUCUUUUAGCUAAAUUUGCUCCAAAGAAGCAAAAGUUUUAUUUCUACUAAGUUCUGGAUCCUAGAUUGCAAUGUGUGCAUAUGCAAGUUUCAUGAUAUGAGUGUUGGUGAGCAUUUAGAUUACUGCCUUUGCUCUUUGGAAGGUGUUAU